AUGGUUCAAAUGUCCAGCCUCAAGUCUCUAUGUGUCAAGUCUGGCCUAGUGCUUGGCGGUGGCGCCUGUGCCUGUGCCGCCGGUGCCAGCGGUGCCAGCGGUAGCCGGGACUGGCGGAUCAACGGCCAGUGCACCGUCGACGGUUCCAGAUGUCUGUAG